UUAUCUUUAUUCACCACAGAUAAACAAAUCUGAAUAUUCCGUGAAUGGUUUUUGCGAACACAUGGCUAUUUAUACCAAUAAAAAAGUGCCUUUUAUUGAAAGGUAAAUAAAUAAUCGCAAAUAAAAGUAAUUACAUUUCAAAUGGGCGUGCGUGGACUUACUGGCUAUAUAGCACGUCAUGCGGAACAGUAUUUGCUGCCCUACGAGCUACAUGACUGUAACCUGGUUAUUGAUGGCGAUAGUUUAUCAUGCAACCUGUACAAAGACGUGUCAGGCAGUUGUUCCGCCUUUGGGGGUGACUACGAUGACUUCUAUCGUGCAGUCGUGGAAUUUUUCCAAGUACUUGCUGAAUGCAAUAUCGAACCUUAUGUACUAAUGGAUGGCGGCUAUGAACGACGUAAACUACGCACGGCUGGUAAACGGUUAAGAGGCAAAAUUGCGGUCAUCAAGCGUAUUAAUCCUUGCGGUGCUAACACUAUCUUUCCACUUCUAAUGAAGGAAGUAUUUGUUGAUGCAGUGCAUGAUUGCGGAGUGCCCGUAAUGCGUUGCGUAUUUGAAGCAGAUGAUGAGCUGGCUACACUUAGUCGCAAGUUGGGCUGUCCUGUGCUCACGUAUGAUUCAGAUUUCUAUAUUUAUAAUGUGCAAUACAUACCGCUGGUUACGCUCACUGUCAAAGCACACACCAAGCGCAUCAAUGAGCAAGAACAUCCAAGUAUUGAUAAUUUAACUGAGCGGAAGUUGCGCAAAAACGAAGCCAAACGUGUGGAGAAAUUGACCAAAGCUAAUCGCAUUGUGGGCGAUAUACAAGUCAAUAAUGUAGAAAAACGUGGUACUAAAAAGGGCAAAACCUAUAAGUUCUUGGACUGCUGCAUAUACCGCAUUGAACACUUGAUAGCGCGUCGAUCGCUUUGUAAGGAAAAACUGCCACUUUUCGCUGCGAUGCUGGGUAAUGAUUACAUAGCGCGAUCUAGUUUUCGAAAUUUUUUCGCCGCAGGCAUGGGCAAGGCAGGACGUAGUCGGAAAGUACAACAACAACAGAAAAGGAUUCAAGUAAUAUUGCAGUGGUUAAAGGAUGAGACUGUGGAAUCAGCACGGAAAAAAAUUUUUAGUCGUUUAUGCAAGGAAGAAAGAAAGUCGCUGCUGCGAGAUAUGAAAGCGGCAAUCAGUGGAUAUUCAAACGAGAAAUGCCUUUCAUACGAUUUCUUUGUGAGUAAAUAUGAAAACUCAUUUCAAAGGUAUCCACCAAAGCAUAUAGAAGACAAAGAUGGGGAAAAUUCAGAGGAAUUCGGAGCGGAGAUUGAUGACCACGAUGAACAAGAAGGAAACACGUCUGUGGAUGGUGAAUAUAUCGAAGAGGAAGAUAGCGGGGACGUUAGCGAUAAUGAAGGGAACUCCGAUUUUGAAGAGGAAUAUUUGGACAAAGAGACAAAUAAUGAAAGUGAAGAAGAAAACAAACAAGAAGACAAUGAUGCCGAUGAGAAAUUUGAUGAUGAAGUUGUUGAAAGUGAAGAAAAUAUCGAAAACGAAGCCCGAGGUAAUAUUUCGACAUUUCCCAUCUGGUUUCUGGAGAAGCUCUAUCCCGCCCAUUUACCUCGUUACUUUGUGGAUCUCGUAUAUCUUCGAAAAUAUAUCAACAGUCCACAAAUUGAACAUUUCCCAUAUCCGGAUUGCAAUGAAAUUGCAUUGCCCAUACUAAUCUAUAGUUUUACCUUAAUAAAUAGAGCUGUUGGUGAGGAGACACAACCAAAGCUUGAUGAGAAUGGCGAUCCGCUGCCAAUUGAAUUUACGUAUAUGGCACGCAAACCAAGGGUUACAAAUAUAAAUUAUACACGAUAUGCGUUGGAUAGUGAUACUAAUGCAAUAUUCACGCCAACACAACCUGAUCCCUUACUUUUGCGACAUGUAUUCAAAAUCAAAAUGUCUCAUUUAGAUGCACAAAAUAUGUUUGAAAAAGUGCAACUACUGCCAAAGGAUUUACAACUGUACUUCCUUGCCAUCAUUUACUGGUUACAUAAAUCGCAGACCUGUGACUUAAUACACCUCCAUGCUCUGCUCAUAUCCGUGGUUGUGCUGCGCACAAUUGAUUCAAAAAUACCCGCCGAACGUGAUCUACGAGAAUUUCAUAGACAUUUUGGGAAAAUCUUAAGAAAGGAAAGAGUUGUACGAGAGACUGAUUCGCUAAAAGGCAAAUCGCGUGCGAUUAGAGAAGAUCUACUUGCAUUGCCCGUGCCGGAACGUAUGGAGCAUGUGCCGAAAUCUGAUUGCUACCUCGUAAUGGAAGGUCUUCUCAAACAUUUUCACAUGCAAGAGCUUUUCAAAAGAAAAUACGACACCUAUUCAACAACAGUUUUGCAUGCUUUUGCGGAAUUUCAAUCGAUUGUCUUCCAAUUAUACGGUCUGAAUGGGUUGCUUGAUAUGCCCUACGUGCCAACGAAAAUGGGUCAACUAUUCUGUGGUGUGUUCAUCUACAAUAUGUAUGAUUUGCUAAAAACACGCACCGACAUCGCCUAUCAUGUGCGAAAUUUUAUUUUUCGUGAUUCACAAAUGAUGGUCGAUUUCUAUGAAUACCUGUGGCAAUGGUGCGAUGAAUUUGUACCUCAAUGGAAGCGCCCGGCUGUGCAACCAACGACGCAGGCUGUAAAUAAAAAGGCACUGAAGAAGAAACGACAAGCAGCGCGUAAACAGGCGGCGGCGCAAGAAAAUGCUGAUCCUAAUGCCGAUAUGGUGGAUCAUAGCGGAAAUGAUGAAGCGGUGCCUGCGGAUGGGGAUGAGUUCUACGACUUGAAUAAUAAAUUUUCUACUUUCCUUAAAGUGCGAUAAGUCUGUGUAAGGAAAUGUCGCGUGUAAAAUAAACUAUAGUUUUUUUUUUUUAAUGGCAAACCUAAUUUAGUAAAUUAUGUACAUAUCCCAAUAGAUAAUUUCAGGAGUUAAAAGCCCUUCCGAAAGGCGUUCAUUGGAGGCAAGAGGCCAUCCUCUGUACAUACCUUUCUCCUUUCUUUUUUGUAUGGAGUGGCACAAAAAUCUUUCGCUACCUGUAGAGGCCUUCCACAAGGGCUUUUAUAGGACGUACUUCAGAAGGCCUUUUGUUGGAG